UUUUCAACUUCUCAAACUCAGAAUAAUCAGACUUUUAUUCUGAAGGCUGAUGUAACCUUUCACAUCUGAAACAAGCUUUUAUUUUGAAGGCGUGGCCGGAAGCAGGCGUGUAAAUGGCAUUGGACAGCUCAUGUUGUCGUCAGUCAGGAGCGGCUCCUGUUGUUAUUGAACCAAGAUUUCGUUUUUCUUUCUGAGCUUUAAUGACUCGACCCGUGGGAACACGUGACCUCCCGUGGGUAGUUCCCACUUUAAGCGGAUAUUUGGAUCUUGGUUCUGUUUUUAACUGGGAAGUGGUUCUCCAAUAAACAUGAGGACGUGUUAAGGUCUCUGCGAACUUUCGGACCGUUUUAAUCCUCAGGAUGUGGUUGUGAAUCAGCUGUCGGCUUCAGUUGCGAACUUUUUUCUGUUGACCGGAUCUCGUCGGAGUCGGAUCCCUGAAGAAUGAACGCAUUUCCUUUCAUCUUCCUGAUUCUUCUGCUCCAUUCAGCUGUUGCGUCCCUUCCGGAACCAGUCAACCUCAGGAUGGAGUCUCUGAACUUCCAGCAUAUCCUGCACUGGGAUCCGGGACCCGGCAGCCCUCCAGGGACGCAGUUCUGGAUCUAUCGGAGGGUUGGAGUUCGUAUCGUAGUGCUGAAGACGCUUUCUCAAAAACCAGUAAAUUCAACAUCCUUCAAGCUGAAACUGGAACCCCACAAAAGGCACGAACUGGUUGUCGAGGCGUCAUACAACAACACAAAGUCUCCUCACUCUACAAUCACCUUUCAGCCCAUCAAGGAAACUGUGAUUGGUCCUCCGCUGCUCUCGGUGGCCAGAUGUGGGACGUGCAUCCAGGGGAACAUUUCGAUGCCUGACUUAGAUCCAUACACAAAGGAUCACUCUAUAUACUAUGAUUUCAGCUACAAAGUGCGGUGGAGGAAAGGAAAUGGUGGAGAAAUCCAGAAGCUGGAAACUCAAAGUAGGAACUUUAACCUCAGCAACCUGGAGAAAGAUGUGGAGUACUGCAUACAGGUGCUUCCCAACUGCCGAACGAACAAAAACACGCGUCCGACCGGGUGGACAUGCACCUUCACCAGCAUUCCAGAACCAGAUUAUGGACUGUUGGUUUUAGUCGUUGUCACGGCCGUUUUGAUUGUUUCCUUGACUGGCCUGAUGACGGGAAUCUUCUGCCUCUACUACACCGGAUUCCUGUGCAAACUAAAGGAAAUGCCGGCAGCCCUCAUGGUCGUCUUGAGGCAAAGCUACGUCCUAACCCUGAGCACCACGGACAUCAACCGGGUCGCCAUCAUCCCCCAAACGGUAAAAACCAGAAACCGCCCGGCGACGUCUCCGUCUCCGUCUGCCGCCGGGGACGCCAGCUCUGAGGACGAAGACAGCGAUGAGGAGGCUGCAGUGAAGCUGUACAUGGACAGAAACGCAGAACUUUCUACCGGCAGCGGUUCUGCUGACAGCAGUGGGAACAAUGACGUGAUGAAGGGAGACUUCAUGAAGGUGGAGUCCAACCAGUAUGAGGCCAAAGCAGAAACUAUUUUUAUACAUGAAAAAGAUCAAUCUGGACAGGAGGACUCCACAACUCAGCUGGAGGAAAUCAAAAUAGAGACUCUGGAGUUCUCUGGAGACGUCAACCUGUUCUCCGUCACCCUCGCCUCGAUGGAUGCUUGUGAGGAAGACGAGGUAGAGGAGGAUCAGGACUCUGGAAGCUCUUCCAUGGACUUCCUGAGGACUUACACCCUGAAACCUCUGAGGCAGAUGGACUCUGAAAGGGAACGGGACGACGGGAUGCGUCCGUCAGAGUCGGGACAAGAUGGCAGCAGCACAGAGUGCUGGAUGGACGAGGAGAAGGAGGAGGAGGAGGAGGAGGAAGAAGAAGAGGAGGAGGAGGAGGAAGAAGAGUUCUCUGGAUAUCUGACAAAUAAAUGAAAUGUUUUCUCAAACUGGAGGACUGUACGUUAAAACAACAGGUCCAUUUCUGAUUCUACAACUCGGUGUGAACCGGCAGAUGGACUAAUCACCCACACUGCAAAAACACAAAAUAUUAACAAGUAUUUUUAUUUAGUUUCUAAUGCAAAUAUCUUAAUACACUUAAAAUAAGACAACAUUCACUUAGAAGUAACUCUUCAGCAAUAGGAGCUUGAUUUAGGUCAAUAAUUCAUUAAUAAUGAUGAAAAAGUACUUGUUCCACUGGCGGAAUAUUUCACAAUCAACCGGCGCUGCAUUGUUACCUAGCAACCCCCGCCAAGUCCAGCUUGUCGCCUAGCAACCCAGUUCUAUUUCUGCUGGCAGAUUAUUUCACUUAUAACAAGAUGUUUUAUAACUUAUAACAAUGGAACUAGUACUUUUUAUCAAUAUUAAGGAAUCAUUAUUAUAAAACAUGCUCCUAUAUUUUGCUGAAAAGUUACAAAGUUAGUUUUGUCUUAUUUUAAGUAUACUAAGAUGUUUCCACUAUAAACUAAACAUAAAUACUUGGUAAGAUUUUGUGUUUUUGCAGUGUGGAUGAUUAUUCCAUUUGUCAGUUCUCAAACAGAAUUGUAGAAUCAGAAACGGACCUGUUGUUCUUCUUCAGCAGAUCCAUGCGGGUUGCUUUGGAGUCACACAGAAGUCUGACUUUUGUCGCAUUCGCAUUUAAUUAGUAGUUCGAAUGGCAAAAAAAAUUAUUUUCAUUAAUUUGAGCAUCAAAACCUGCUGUGUGAAUGUAGUCUUAAAAUUUCUCAAUUUUUCUCCAAAACUACUUCAGUAAGAACACAUUUACUACAGGGAACACACUGACUACUGUUAAUUACUCCGCAUAACCCUGUACCAAUAAUGUCGAUGUGACAUCGUCUCCAGUUUUUAAAUUCAGACCUACUGUAAUCACCUCUAAUCGUAAAGCUCUCUUCACAUUCACACUGUCUGCAGUCAGUUUGUCAGAUUUGUUCAGUUAUCUGAUCCAACCCUAACGGUAUCGGUGCUCAUAGUUUUUACCGUCUAUAUUUUUGGUUUUCCUUCAGCAGCAUUUCAUUGUUCAUAUUUCAUUUCCAGUUGGUUUAUGCUGGGUCAAAAUGAAACCAGACCAGUGCCACAGAACAAAGGCAAAUGUUUACCUACUUCACCUGUUUUAAAGGUGAAAACAACAAAAUAAAAAUGUUAAAAGUUUUCA